CUUUCUUUCGAAGCUUACUGCACCACUCCUUUUUGCUUUGCUCCGGGACAGAUCGAGCGAGAUCCAGGAUGAACUCCCGGCCAGCGACCAUGGCGGAGGCCGCACCGCCUCCUCUCCUCGGCGGCCUCCCUGACGAGAUCGCCAUCUGGGAGAUCCUCGUCCGCCUGCCCCCCAAAGACCUCCUCCGCUGCCGUGCCGUCUGCCGUGCCUGGCGCUGCACCACCUCCACCCGCGACUUCCUCCUCACCCACCACGCCCGCCAGCCCUCCCUCCCUCUCUCCUACGUCAAAAAUUACGGCGGCGACCUUUUCACCCUAGACAUCAUCUCCUUCGACCACCAGGGAGGGGCCGCCACCCCCCAGACCGUCGCGCGACUUCGCCGCCAUAUCUUAAUUCCGAGGGUCUCCUGCGACGGCUUAAUCGUCUUCUGGAUAGAAUGCAAAGCUGGUCAACAACUAUUCAUCUGCAACCCGGCGACUCGUCAGUAUGGUUGCCUCCCGAUGCUUUUUGGCGGUCCCCUGUCCGCCGUGGGGAUGCCUUUUGGCGCUCCCCGACCCGUGGCCGUGGGGAUGUACUCACACAGCCCAACCGGCGAGUACCGACUACUAUUGCUGCAGAAAGCUGAAGCACCAGAUGGCUCCUCCCUCGUCUACACAUACGCUUUAGGCUCCAGCCAGCCGCCGUGGCACCUACACAUCGAAGGCCCCAAUUUGAACGAACUGGACUACGAGCACGAGGUCUGGGCUUUUAAAUACCGGGUUGAAAUACCGUAUGCGGAGCUCACCUUGCAGUUUGGAUUGUUUUACCCGCGUGAUUGUGUGGUGUUUACUUCUUGGGUUGGCGAUGUGGCAGUGCUGGUCCCGUUUGGCCGCUGGUUACUUCAGCUUGACGUGGGUGGCAAGCUGGUUGCCAGUUUCGAGGACAGCGGUGGACUCAUUGGUCAGCCAUAUCAGCUCAAGCAAACUCUUGUUCAGCAUACCUUCUUUCUUACACUAGAGGGUUAUGUUGUCAAUGGUUCGCCUUUCAUCUGAAGAGAAGAUUAUGUUGUGAACACGUAGCCUUUCAUCCGAGGGCUGUUGACUCUGGUGGUGCUGUCGUAUGUAUUAACCGGGUCCACUGUGAGCCCACUACCUGCUUUGCUAAUAUAUUAAAAAUAAUGAUGAAGAAGCUUGGAUUAUGUUAUAGCCGGCUUAGUUUAUAUCUGGAAGAGGCCCACCGGGCAGUAGUUAGGGGGCUUGACCCACAAGUUAUCUUAGAUUAAUUAUUAUGCAAGUUAUCUAAGUUAUAAAUAUAGGCUGUAAGACUCUUUCGGAAUCAAGCAAUAAGAAGAAUAUUAUCUCCUAUUGCCUGGCUCCCUAAGGAGCCGGAAACCCUAGCCGCCAACAGCCCUAACCGCCGCCGCCCUUCUCCUAGCUCGCGACGGCGCCCUGCCGCCGGCGCGCCCGUUCCUCGCCACGCCCUCCUCCAUCCUUCCCUUAUCACCUACGGCCUAGACCUGGUAGAGUACUUGAUUCUACCAAUUUGGUAUCCAGAGACACCAGGCCGAUCAUGUCACUCCCUCCAUCACCGCCGCCGUUACCAUCCACCUCCGUCCCGCUCUCGCUGCCGCCGACCACUUCCACGGCGAUGACGGAGAUCGCGUCCGGGACCACCGCCCCCUCUA